AUGAUAAGUAAAUGGGAAACAUUGCCAAAUGAAAUAUUUGGAAAUAUAUUUAAUUAUUUAUCAUGGGAUGAAAUUUUAAUAUCAUUGUGGUCAUUAAAUCAUCGUAUUAAUUCUUCAAUUUGUUCAAUAUUUUCAAUAAAUAAAAAUGGAAUUAUUUUUAGUCGACCAGGUUUACCUUAUAAAUCAGUUUCUAAAAUAUUAUUACCAUUGAUAAUUAAAUCAUCGUUACUUAGCUCUUCUAUUAAAUACAUUCAUUUGAAUGGAAAUAAUUCAAAUUCAUAUGACCUUAUUCACCAAUAUUUUUAUUAUAAUAAUGAUAACGAAAGUUUUUGUUUUCCUAAUCUUGAAUCAUUAAAUAUUACUCAAUGUUUAUUAUCGAAAUCAUUAAUUGCCAAAUUAUCUUUACUUAUUCAAUAUCAAUUAAAUGAACUUAAAUUGAUAAUCGAUGAAGAUGUGUUUCAAUCAUUUACAUAUGAAGAAGAUUAUGCAUCAGUUAGUUGUAAAAAAGGUACGAAUCAUUUUUAUAGAUAA